UAUCACCGGAUGUCUCGGACGGUGGCCCCUUGGCUCCUUGCCUCCUAUAUAUCUCCAUCGAUGGCUCCCAUUAGUGUGCCAAAGACUAUUAUCCCCACGCUCGACGUAAACUCGUAUUGGGAGGGCUUUUGUAGAGCCAUUUCCCUCAUCACCUUCCUCGCACCAAUCAUCCUUAUUCAUGUCUACUGUGUCGAACCAACAGGGAUUAAUGGACUACAAUGCUAUGUCUGCGAAAUCGUCUUUCUCCUAAUCAACGUCUAUGGCAUCGGCUGGGAAAAAAGAAACCAGCCCUACAUUGCACUCUACUCCCAAACGAUAGCGCUUUACUUAUUAAUGAUUAUCCUACGACUCGAUGAGGAGAAAGACCUGAGUCUCGCUUGCAUUCUCCUGCUACCUCCCAUCACAUCGGUCAUCACCCUGUCAUCUGCACUCUACCUCGUACACGGGACUCUUGAAACCUAUCUCCUACCGUUCGACUCGGACCUACAGGUUGUGCAUUGGUUAGAAGUUUGUUCUUUCUUCAGCUCGAAAAGAAAGGCUGGGAAGCUGACGUCCGAACCUGAUGAUCGCGAUAUCGAGGCUGCCAUUGUCUCGUUGGCUGAAGACAAGCGCAAGGCGACUUAGUACUUAUAAGGGGCUCAUCACCGGUCGGGCUGAGGUUUAUAAGCAGUCGUUUGUGUGGUUUCGAUAUCGGGGGGUUUAACGACCAGCGUCGUGUACAGAUCUUGAUAGUAGCAACCUGUUCGUGAAUAGCUAGGAUUCCAACUCAGACUCGUAGAUGUGUUAGUCCUAUGAGGAUGAGAGGAAAGGUUCAUAAUCCACGCUCGAGCGCC